AUGCACGGCUCCAAAGCGCUGGGCGCCCUCAAAGCGCUGUUCCCCCCCCUCCGCCAGCCGCUUCCUAUGAGCAAGCAAGAGUCUCAGCGCCUGCUCGAUCUCCUAAAAGAGUCUUUCCGCAACACUCUCGACUAUGAGCUCGGCCUCCUGCCGGGGUCGCGGUCACAGCCUGGUCCCCUGAAGAUGCCCGCCUUGUCCUAUCUCCCUGGCCACACCUCCUCUCUUCGAUCUAGCCACAACGAUGACGGUUCUUCUCGCCCCAAGGGGUCCAUCCAUGCCACUGACCAGCACCUGCAUGACAUUCUUACCAGUCCGUUUUUCAACCCCUCCCAAAUCUCUUCGACAUCCACAGGCCCUGCUACGAAUCCAUGGGACACACACAAGGUUCUUUUCGAGAAGGCUGUUAGUCGUGGCUUGAUGACUUUGGACAGAGCACACGGUUUCCUGCUAGUUGUCAGGGGUGCAGUGAAGCAAUCUUCCUUCAUUUCUCUGUCUGAGGGCCUGAAGACCACAGGCGCUGGCACGCUGGUUCUGCGGUGGUUGCGGGAUUCGGGGCAGCUCCGUACUCUGUCCUUUCUUCAAAACCGCAGGUUUACUGUGACCCUUGUCCAAUUCCUUGUAGCUGAAGGCAAAGACAAUGUUGUGUUGGAAUGGCUACGUCGUUCAACUGAACCUUCCGUUGCAGAGUUGCAAGGGUUUGAAGCUUCCACUGGUUGUCAUACCAGCGUUCUCCUCAACGCUCUUGUGGGCUCCAAGUUUGGUCAAGUGGAGCUGGAGGGUGCGUACGAUGUCUUCCUCAAAGCGGAAGACAUGUUGAAGCAUGAAGGCUCGUGGAAUAAAGAGGUUGGAGGAAAGGCUUGGAUUACCCUUGCUCAAGAAACGACCAUGAAUUCUUGGAAGCACUCUCUCCCUCCUGUCCAACUCUUCGAGCCCUUCGUCGCUGCAGGCGACGAAUUAAGACCGCCAACCACACUGAGAGCCCAUAUCGACCUUUACCAUCCUACUAAGCCCUCCUCAGACCUAGCCAUGUCACUGCUCUCAGAUGAGAAAAACUGGAUCCCGCGCGUCAAGGCUCCCAGCAGCGUUGAUCAGUUCAUGCGGCGCAUUGUCUGGCUUGGCAUCGACACUGUACAACAUCUGAUGAAGGUCGAUCGGAUGGGUGAAGCAACACAGCUCCUAACCCUUCUGAACAAAUACUAUAACUGGUGUGCUAACCCGCAUGGUCAGUUAGCCGGCGCCUGA